AUGAAGAAGUUUAUGUGCAAACAUGGUCAGUGUCAGAAUAAGGCAACUCGUUUUGUCUCUAACAAGGAAAUUCUGGAUGAUGAGAGAUUAGAUUUUGAACAAGAGAGGUACUCCCCUGAUCUUUGUUUAUUCCUAUGUCAGAUCUGCUCCAACGUGUCUUAUGCAAAAGAAGCAGAAGAUCUGGUUGAGCCAGAAGGAAUAGCUACAAUUCUCAAUAUAAUCAGACAGGCUAUGAAGUAUACACAAGAAAGUGAAGAGAUUACUGAGCAGUUGGACACUCUGGCUGUGUACCUGACUGAACAAGUAAGUAGAAUAGAGGAUAAACUUUGGAAAACUGCUUAUGGAAACUUGACUUAUCAGCCUGAAAGCUUUGAAGAACAAGCAAAGCAGUUAUACCACCAAAUGCAGUCAUCUCCAGACUUGAUUGAAUUCUUAAUGAAAAGAUUCUGAGAAUCCCAACUCAAAAUUGUAAAUGGAGAUGAUCCGGAAAUGGAAAUCAUAAACCUUAAGCGUCAAUUAAAUUCGCAAUGGGAGAAAAGACUUCAAGAUUGCUUGAAGGACUAUAGAACUUUGGCUUUCAAAGCCUUACAGAAAUAAAGAUGAUGAAAUUGAAAGAAUUCAGAAUGACCAUGAGCAAGCACUGCAAAAUUUACAAGAGAGAUUAGACCAAAGUCUCCAAGUUUGUACACAGAAGGAUGAAGAAAUGCAAAGAGCUGCUCUGAAGCAUGCUGAAGAGCUCGCAAAGAAAGAUCAAGAGUACAUUCAGAUGCAAGAUGAGCUGACUCAAAAAUAAUGUUUUACUGGGAAAUGAAAAUGCUGAACUAAAGCGAAAGAUUGAAGUCAAAGAUAAAGAGAUAAAGGAUAGUUCUCUAAAUAUAUCGAAGUUAAAAACUCAGAUUACAGAUUAUGAAUCUUCAUCCCUUAGUCAAAAUACAAGCACUACACAGUUAAAGCCUCAGAACUUUCAGGGGAAUGAUAAAUAUCUUGAACUAUAUCAAUUCGCAUAUACCUUCUUGACUGGGAAGGAAACCUUGCUUGAUUCUCAAAACAACAUCUCGCUUGAUUUUUCUCACAACCAAGUGCGAAGAUUCGUAAGGAAGUACUCUAAUUUUAAGCUUCCUGAUUGAAAUACUCUAAUCUGCCAAUGCUUAGUGGAAGAUGAUCCAGAACUAAUGGAAUCCUUCGCGAAUAUUUUCCCUUUGAAUGUUAAGAAUCUUCACUUUAACAUUAAUCGAGCUGAAAUUUUGGAACUGGAAGAUUUUAUUGGCUACAUUGGUAUAUUUAGCUCAUUUGUAACUGAAGAAUUACACCUCUAUAAUUUUAAUGUCAAGAUUAGAGAUAUGAAAACAGUUCUAUCAAAAAAUAAGCAACUAGAUACUAUUGGAUUCAGAGAUUCAGACCUAAAUUUUCAAAGUUGUCCAAAUUUUCAGAAGCCAUUGCAUGGAUCUAAUUUAAAGAAUCUAGAUUUCACAGGCAGUGGAAGUGUACCAAGAUCAGAUUGGGGUAACUAUUCAGCCUCACUUAACUACUUAAUCAAAGGAUUACAAAAGAGUCCUGAAUUCAGAAAUACUCCUAUCCAAAUACAUUUUAGCUCUCGAGAACUGGAGAACACUGAAAUUGCAUCAACUUUAAGACAAAAUGGAUAUAUUAUCAAAACUCAUUAAAUGCAAUGAAAUCUUUUUGCAGAUAUUCCAACAACUAUCUUUAUUUUGUUCUUGACAUAAAUUUCAAU